UCAAAUCCUAAAGAAAAGGUUGAGAACCACUGAUCUAGGCUAACUGAUCCAGUGGUGGGAUCAGUGCUGAAGUGUGUAAUGGAGACAAGUGACACUAGAUCUUCAACAGUUCUCUGGAUCAAAGGUGGUGUUUGUCAGAACUCCCUGAAAUGAAACUCUUGACAAGCAGAGGCAAACACAGAGACGGUGGUGUUUUAUCCUUUUAAUGUUUUGUUACAGGCAGCCAACACAUCUUGGGCUUUAUCGCCAUGUAUACCCUGACACCAGAACCUGUGGUCUCCUUGUUUCCUAAUGGAAAAAAUUUGUGACAUCCGGUCCUUUCAGGAAUGAGUAGGGUUGGUGGCCUGGCUUUACUGACGUGGCUGUGCUGGUUCACUGACCAGAACCUGUAACUUCAGUUGCUGCUGUUUUGAAACUACAACUGAAAAGAAAAUUUAAAUGUCUUCAGAAGACAAAGAAGCUCAGGAGGAUGAGCUGCUGGCUUUGGCUAGUAUUUAUGAUGAAGAUGAGUUCAAGAGAGCAGAGUCUGGCCAAGGAGGAGAAACUAAAAUCUGUUUGGAGUUGCCCCCAAAUUUCAAGAUAUUUGUGAGAGGCAGUCCUAAUGAGAGGCUCCUGCACAAUGGGUUUGAGUAUUCAAUUUGUUUUCUGCCUCCACUUGUGUUGAAUUUUGAACUUCCACCAGACUACCCUUCAGCCUCCCCACCUGUGUUCACGCUCAGCGGCAAGUGGCUCUCUCAGACACAGCUCAGUGCUCUCUGCAAUCACUUGGACAACUUGUGGGAGGAGAAUCGAGGUUGUGUGGUCUUAUUUGCAUGGACGCAGUUUCUCAAGGAAGAAACACUAAGUUAUCUGAACAUUGUCUCCCCAUAUGAGCUAAAAAUGUGCCACCAAGGAAAUGGGCAACACAGGACAUCAUUGGUGCCUCCAAACGCUGAGCUAGAUAGUUGUGGCGCAGCAGGCACCACAAUAGCUGAAGAAGAAAUCCUUGAUAAAAGAGCUGUACAGGAUGUGGAAUCUCUGUCAAGUCUGAUUAUGGAAAUCGUAGACUUUGAUCAGGCCCAACGGAAAAAAUGUUUUAACAGUAAGAUACACUUGUGCAGUAUCUGCUUUUGUGAGAAGCUAGGUGCUGAAUGUAUGUACUUCAUGGACUGCAGCCAUGUCUACUGCAAAGCCUGCAUGAAGGACUACUUUGAAAUUCAGAUCCGGGAUGGUCAGGUCCAUUGCCUCAACUGUCCAGAACCAAAGUGUUCUUCUGUUGCUACUCCUGGUCAGGUUAAAGAACUGGUUGAAGAGCAGUUGUUUGCACGCUAUGACCGCCUGCUUCUGCAGUCCAGCUUGGACUUGAUGGCAGACGUGGUGUAUUGCCCUCGCCCAUGCUGUCAGACUCCAGUGAUGCAGGAGCCUAGUUGCACUAUGGGCAUAUGUUCCAGUUGCAACUAUGCCUUCUGCACCCUCUGCAAAAUGACUUACCAUGGAGUGUCUCCAUGUAAAGUCACUGCAGAGAAGCUAACGGAGUUACGUAACGAAUACCUAGAAGCAGAUGAGGCCACAAAAAGAUUUUUGGAACAGCGUUAUGGCAAGAGGGUGAUUCAGAAAGCCCUGGAGGAGAUGGAAAGUAGAAAAUGGCUAGACAAGAAUUCAAAAUGCUGUCCUUGUUGUGGUACUCAUAUAGAGAAACUAGAUGGUUGUAACAAGAUGACGUGCAAUGGCUGUAGACAGUACUUCUGCUGGAUUUGUCUGGGGUCUUUGUCUAGGGUGAACCCAUAUCAGCACUUUCAUGAUCCAUCCUCUCCAUGCUUUAACCGGUUGUUUCAAGGUAUGCAUGUUGAUGACAGUGAUUCGGAUGCUGAAGAUGAAGACUAGUUGCAUCCUUUAAUACUAAGAGCUGAAGAAGCCAGAAAUGGAUGUUUCCAUUUUUUUAUUUUUUAUUUUUUUGUUAAGCUUGUUUGCUUUUCAGCUUGGUUACGUGAUAGAAGAGUGAAACACUCACUGCACACUGCAGGAUGCAUACACAACAAUUCACGGGCCGUUUCCAGAAACGGAAAACCUUUGAUGCUUUAAGGUCCUUACGUUCAAGUCCAGUGCUAAACAAAGUGAACAAACUAAUAGCCAAAAAUUUAAAAACGGUGUAGGAAACUCUACAUAUUGUGAUGCACCCCUUUCUGUGAAACACUUUCUGGAAAGAUUUCUGGAAGUUUAUUUGGGGGAUCCAGCCUCGUAAGGGUCUUUGGAUUCCAGCCUGCAUGCUUUGCAGCACUGUCCUGUACCUGAGAAGGGCUGGAUGUUUUGUCUCUCGAGCUCUUCAGUGAUGCUGCUCGUGCCCAUCAGAGAAAGGCUUAUUAAAAUACAGCACAGGAAUUUCUUCCUGUCUGCAGAAAUUGCCAGUUGCUUCCCUAGUAUCCCCUGACCUGGAUCCAGAUUGAUUCAUGUCUAGUAAUCCACUGCUCUGGUGCUGCUGCAGCUUACUUGUGUUGGGGAAUUUGGGAGUGGUUUUUCCUCCCUUCAGUAGACCUAGUUACCUUGAUUUUUGCUGAAUCUCUCUGUAGAAAAGUUACAGCCACUUACUGCAUAUUUGGUUUGGUUCAUUAAUUAAUCUCCAUAUUGCUAUAGUAUAUUAACUUAUUUGUUUGGUUAUUUGCAUAAUGAUGAAUACUAAAGCAGCUGAUAGAAUUUGCCCAGUCUGUGAAAUUCAGUGCAGUUUUUUUAACCAAAUAUUUGUGAGGUGAUUAAAGCAAACUUCAGCUGAACUGAAUUUUUACAGAUGUACAGUCAGCGGUAAGUUGAACCUUUCAGCUGACUGAGGACUGCCUGUUUUUCCUUCUGAAAGUCUAAUAUAAGGUUAGUGAAGAAAAUGUUAUGGUAAAUACUUCUGUCUAAAGAACUUGCCUAGAUAAAUGGCUCUACAGUACUAUCAGCUCUGCUUCUGAACUAGAUCACUCGCUCAUGCUGUUAUUACAUGUCAAAACGGCGUUAAGGUGCCGGAUAAAUAAAUCUGCUGCUGCCACGGCUUCAGCAGAAGUCUCUGAAGCAAGAAAGCAAUGAUUGGAAGAAACCACUACACUGUCAGAACUGCUUCUUACGUACAAGAUGGACAGAAAAUAUUGUGCUCAUAUUCUGUGUUUAAAAUGAGAGAAGCCCAGGCACUUGGUAAUGCUGCAGAGCCUUGAGAGGAGCAGUUCACAUCCAGCUUUUGUUGUUAGUAAAUAAAUCUUUACUCAGAUGUACUUGGCCAAACUGAGCAGUGGUUUUAGCUCACUUCUUAGAGGACAAAUAUUCCUGUUGCACAACUAGCCAUCAUAGCUGGCAGACUUGAGAGAUCAAAGAUAUGGAAGACACAGGACAAAUUCCAUAUCAUGUGGAAAUGGGCCAUGGUUGCCUUGGAUGAGGCCAGGGGAGUGUAUGCAGGGUGAGUUUGCUUUUUGCUAAUACUGUGUAUAAUUUGUACUUCUGGCACCUUUCACAUGCACUAAAAUCACUUUAAGACCGUAAUCGUGGUUGUUGUCACGUUCACAUCUGGUAUGGGAUGAAUACAGGGUACAAAAGUCACCAGGUGGAACAGAACAAUACUUUUUUUCUGGAUGACCACUGUGAUCAUGUAACAUAUUUAACAGUGCAUCAGGCUGAUUCAUGUGUCUAGUGACCAUAUGUAUAAAGGUGAAGUUCACACUUGCACUGGCUAUGGGACAUUCUAGAUCUCAGGAAAGGGGCUCCUUGCCUUUCACUUGUUCAUAAAACCAGUGUUGGGGAAGGGGGGGUAGGGGGGCUCUCACUUCAGAAUUCUAAGAAAAGAUGUCUGUUUCGAUAUGCUGUUCGCUAGCUCUGAUGCAUGUUAAACACACACCAAUCAAGAAUUCAGACUAAUUCAACUGGAUGAACGUAAGCAUGGUCUCUGAAGUGUUUCUUUGGAAUUGAGAUAUUGAGAAAAACCACCCUAUUGCAUACCAGCUGUUUUAAGGAAUGGUUAUGUAAAAAAGUAGAUAAGGAUGUUCUAUUUCAGGGCUGUCCAGCCUCCCAGGUAGCCCCCCUCCCAUUUGCAGGGAUAGCCCUCACUUGCUCGUGGGCUUCCAGGUAGAUAGCCCUGUUCUACUUCCUACUGCAAUGCACUGCGUAAGGGUUAGCUUUGUAAAGAAUUUUUGCUGAGACAGCCACAAGGAUAAAGCAACAUUGCUGGUACUUCUUCCUUUUUAAGCAAUCAAGAGCCCUGUUCCCUCAACUUUGUAAGAAACAUGUAAAUCAGUAUCUAUUAUAAAGAUGAAUGUGAGAUAAAGAUUAAUAAAUAUUAUUUAAAUGUA